UCUGGGAUACUUACAGACACAGGCUGGAUUUGGGGGCAUCAAUCCUGGAGGGCUGUGGACAGGAAUUACAAGUUUAGGACUGGGCAGCUGAAAAACCUUUCUGAAAGGGAUUAGGGGGCCCUGCGUCCAGAAGGCUCAGUGAAGCUUUAUUGAAUGAAUGAAUGAAUGAAUGAGGUGUGUAGGCAGCACGUCACCUCUUCUCUGAGUUCCAGUCUCAGGCCCUGCUUUCUCACCCUUCUUACCUGGUACCUGCAGACCCCUCCUUUACCUUCAGUUGCCCACCUAGCACCUGAUGCCCGUUGAUCACCUGCCAGUCUGUGUCCCACCUGGGUGACUCAGGGGCACACCGCAUGCUCCUGAGAUGGAGCGCAGGUCUCAUUUGAAAGGGCGAUCAAGGUGCUGGCAAAUGCUAGGGGUCUCCCCUCUGCCCCGUUAGCCCCACCUGCGCCUGUGCUCUCUUCUUCACCAUAAUCCUCAGUCUCAAACCCUUUUCCACCCCAGGACCAGGAGAGACUGACUCCACAACACCUAAGGCUCCUGUAACUGGUGGGGGAAGCAGGCUUUGUGUUUGUCUUUGUGAAUAACCCCAGGGCAGGUGACUUCAAACCCCAGUUUGUUCAUCAGCUAAAAGGAGGUUCCACUGACAAGGGGUGUGAAAGCUCCCUGAGGGUGACCAGAGGUAGGGGCCUUGGUCCUUGUCCCCCCCACCCAAUAAGUCAGGCCCAUCCUCCUUCCAAAGUCAGCUGGAAGGUCAGCGGCUCCUCCUCCCCCCUCCCCCAGUCCUGGAGAAGGAAGAAAGAAGUUACUAAGUUACUGGCUACAGCAAUGCUAGUCUUUGGGGUGGGGCUUCCAAUACCCCCACCUGCAUCACUCUGGUUCUCCUGAAGGAGUAGACAAGGGCAGCCCUCUCAAUGCCCUCUGGGUGGGGUGUGUGGCUGCUUAUUGCUGGUACCCCCUGCAGCCUGUGUCUUGUCACGCCCCCUCACCCCUAGCCUACCCAGAGGCCAUGCAGCCCCGUGGCAGGUGUAUUUCUGGGGGGAGCUGCAGCAAGCCCCCUGUGGCAAUAGGGAACCUCCUACAGCCUGCUCCUCCCUCUUCACACCCCCUUGGAGUAUAAGGAGGGAACUGACAGCCCAGACUCCUCGGCUCCAGAGAGGGGAAGGGAAGGCAGAGGAGGCAGGGGUAGAGAGACCAGCUUGGGGGCGGCUGGGUUUCUCCUGUCUUUUGCCCCUCCACCUGGCACACGGGGCCCAGCCAUGGGGACCUUCAACCUGUGGACAGACUACUUGGGUUUGGCACGCCUGGUUGGGGCUCAGCGUGAAGAAGAGGAGCCAGAGACCAGGCUGGAUCACCAGCCAGAAGCAGUGCCCGAACCGGGGGGUCAGCGACCCAGCCCUGAAUCCUCACCAGCUCCCGAGCGCCUGUGCUCUUUCUGCAAACACAACGGCGAGUCCCGGGCCAUCUACCAGUCCCACGUGCUCAAGGAUGAAGCGGGCCGGGUGCUGUGCCCCAUCCUCCGCGACUACGUGUGCCCCCAGUGCGGGGCCACCCGCGAGCGCGCCCACACCCGCCGCUUCUGCCCGCUCACCGGCCAGGGCUACACCUCCGUCUACAGCUACACCACCCGGAACUCGGCCGGCAAGAAGCUGGUCCGCUCGGACAAGGCGAGGACGCAGGACCCUGGACACGGACCGCGCGGAGGAGGAGGUGCCUGUGCAGGUUCCAAAGGUGCCAGGAAGUCUUCUGGAACUCCUCCCUCUUCCUGCUGCCCCUCUACUUCUGCCUAAGGAGACUGGCGUGGGCAGGAUGACGCCUUCACCUGGGGAUGGGGACCCAGGCUCAGUGGAGGCUGGGUUUCAGGGAAGACCCACCCUCCGAGGAUCUGCCCCUACACGGUGCCUCCAGCAUGGGGGCUUGGCAAAGGAGCCGGGUCUGGGACCACCGCCCAAAGCGCGCCCGCCCCCGUCACUGAAGGGGGUGGUCCUCAGGCACCCCUGCCCUUCUUCCCCAACGCUGGGCAGCCAGUCAGCGCUCAAUAAAUGUUUACGAAUGGAUCAGCGUCA